AGAGGAGAUGGCGUCCAGAGGGGGGUUUCAGGCAACACCGACGGGUGGUGGCGGUGGAGCAAUGGGACCUGGACCGCCGGUACCCGGUGCAGGACCGGGUAUUGGGCCUGGAACACCCUCUGGAAGAAUGGGACCGUCGUCGGCCACGCAGAACCACAUGUACCGCUCUCCGAUGCCCGGGCCUGGAUACCCGAGACCAGGCAUGCCUCCAUCCAGCCGUAUGACCCCUCAGGGACCAGCCAUGGGCCCUCCGGGGUACGGCAGCAGCCCUGUGUCUCGCCCCGGAAUGCCUGGGGUGAUGGACCCUUCUCGAAAAAGGCCCGCCCCUCAACAGAUCCAGCAGGUUCAGCAGCAGCAGAACCGCAACCAGCAUUUUUACAGCACAAAGAAGAAGAAGAUGGCUGAUAAAAUUCUACCUCAGAGGAUCAGGGAACUGGUCCCAGAGUCUCAGGCUUACAUGGAUCUCCUGGCUUUUGAGAGGAAGUUGGACCAGACUAUUAUGCGUAAGAGGCUUGAUAUUCAGGAGGCCCUUAAGAGGCCCAUUAAGCAAAAAAGAAAGCUUCGGAUUUUUAUAUCCAACACUUUCAACCCUGCAAAGCCUGAUGCUGAGGAUGGAGAGGGCACAGUUGCAUCAUGGGAGCUACGUGUUGAAGGGCGUCUUCUGGAAGAUACAGCUGUGUCCAAGUAUGAAGCCACCAAACAAAAACGAAAGUUCUCAUCAUUCUUCAAGUCUCUUGUGAUUGAAUUGGACAAAGACCUGUAUGGGCCAGAUAAUCACCUGGUUGAAUGGCACAGGACCGCCACCACCCAGGAGACUGAUGGUUUCCAGGUAAAGAGGCCCGGUGAUGUGGGAGUUCGCUGCACCGUCCUGCUCAUGCUUGACUACCAGCCCCCUCAGUUUAAGCUGGACCCCCGUCUGGCCCGUAUGUUGGGUAUCCACACUCAGACCAGACCAGUCAUCAUUCAGGCCCUGUGGCAGUACGUCAAGACACACAAACUCCAAGACCCACAUGAGCGCGAGUUUAUUAACUGUGACAAGUACCUGCAGCAGAUUUUUGAGACUCAGCGGAUGAAGUUUUCUGAAAUCCCACAGCGCUUGCAUGCUCUGCUGAUGCCUCCAGAACCCAUCAUCAUAAACCAUGUGAUCAGUGUGGACCCCAAUGAUCAAAAGAAGACCGCUUGCUAUGAUAUUGAUGUGGAGGUGGACGACACGCUGAAGACCCAGAUGAACUCCUUCCUGCUGUCCACAGCCAGCCAGCAGGAAAUAGCAGGACUGGAUAACAAGAUCCAUGAAACCAUUGAGACGAUCAACCAACUGAAAACCCAAAGGGAGUUCAUGUUGAGUUUCGCCAGAGAUCCUCAGGGAUUUAUCAACGACUGGCUUCAGUCCCAGUGCAGAGACCUCAAGACUAUGACUGAUGUGGUGGGAAACCUAGAAGAGGAGCGAAGAGCAGAGUUUUACUACCAACCCUGGGCUCAGGAGGCCGUCUGUCGCUACUUCUACUCCAAAGUCCAGCAGAGGCGACAGGAACUGGAGCAGGCGCUCGGCAUCAGGAACACUUGAAGAAGUUUGUCCACAAAACGUCCUCCAGAGACGGAGCUGAAGAGUUUUGUUGGAUGAAGAGUGUGUGGGAUGUUCCAACUGAGAUCCUCACAGUUUUCAGACAGACACGUUGAUGCUAGAUGACUUUACUGUUAAAUUAGGAUGUCAGGUUUUUCUUCUUUUUCUUUUUUUUUUUUUUUCCACCAUUCAGUUCAAGAGUAGUUUCAUUUAGGUUCCUACGAAAUUUAUUGUUUUUCCUUUUUUAUUUAUUUUAUUGCAGUUCUUUUGAGCACAGCUUUUUUAUUUUUUGUUGCACGUCUUAACCUUCAGGCAUUCCUUUCAUUURGAUACAGUCAACUCAAAUGUACAGAUUGUAUCUGGAGUCUUUAAAUGUAAUGUUUCUCUUGAACAAAUAACAUCAAACUCUCGGUGAGUUUUUUUGUUUCUGACUGAUUGAGAGAAAGGUUACGUUCCUAACUAUUGUUCAAAUACUUUCCCUUUGAGGUAAAUAUUGAUAGUGACUGUGUUUGUGAUCAGCUGGAGUUUUUGCUGCAUAUUGGUUGUUUAUUUCUCACUUUUUUUGUUGUUGUUUUGACAGUGCCAGAGUCUGUAUAAGCAGCAUUUUAAAGCUCAGUAAAUCACAGCAUUGUUGCAGCAAAGCRGUUAUCCUUUUUGUUCUCAUGACCAUUUGAUAUGAAGUUUUCUUCUUUUACUCUUGGUGAUCUUUGUUUUAUAAAAUGUAUUACAUCCAUCUUUGUCUUGGUAGCUAGUACAAAUAAUCAUAAAAGUAGCUAGUAUGGGUAUCUCUAUAUAGUUUUGUAAAUAUUAAGCAAAAACACUUCGGAUGGAUGUGAAAUUAUUCAAUAUCUCUAAAGUUGAGCAAUCUUUUUCUUAGGUUUUUGUCUACGAUCUGAUAGUUACAGCAGUAUUUAUAUUUAUCAGCCCAUUUCUCUCAGUGCAGUGAUUUGGCUCCUCUUUACAUAAAUUUAACUAUCAUGUUUAAGGAACCACAUAUGCGCAGCGAUAAGCUGUCAGAUCUGUGUCGCCUUUUAAGUUGAAGAAUUCAGACAUUUGCGUUGUUUUUUUUUUUUUUUCUAUUAUUAUUAUUAAAUUUUUUUUCAUGUUUUUUGUAAUGUGCAGAAGAAGCCCUGUGGCAGAGCAGGUUUGAGGAGCUGCAGUUCCUUUAUAUACUGACUAUAGUCCCGGCAUGUCCGGGUUUAAUCCUGUUUGAGGUUUUGAUGAGUGUCAUUUGGAGCUUUGCGGUGUGAUUUUUAUUAAUGAAUUCCAAGAAUACACUAAUGUGGGUUUGGGCAGGGACGGGAGUGGAGGUGAUCGUUGGGGAACCUCUGGGAUGUGAAACAACACUGAGUGGAUUGUAGGAUUAUGUGAAUCUGCAGACUUUUUUCAUGGACCAAACCUAUUUUUCUGUAUGUUCAUAUGUUAUAAUAAAGGAUAUGUAAAAGUU